CACCUCAAGCCUGCUCCCUGGGAUGAGCCCCUGAACUGCCCCCAAUGUUAGGAUCGGGGAACCUUUAGGGGGAGUAAAGCAUGGGCCCGGUGGACGGUGCGUCCUCCUCCCAAACUUUCGCGGGUAGCAACCCUGGGCCCGACACCGACCCAGCGGCGGGGCUUGCUCCCCGGUAGCCGCCCGUCUCCUCGGACAGGCAUCGGCCACUGUUUGGCCUACAUCCGUCCCUGCAGUGGGCAGGCAGGCAGGCAGCCCACAGCUAGAGGUUGCUGCUGUGCCCAGGCUCCGGCAUUAGGAGGAGCAGCGGCAGAGGCACCGCAAAAGCCUCUCUUUCCUUUUCCUCUUUUAUCUGUCUGAAGAGGAGAAACGGAGGGAGAAAGAGAGCGACGAGCCUCGGGGAGGGAAGGCCACAGGCUUUUUUCGCGAGCAGGCGAAGCCGCCGCCAUAAACACAGGACAGAGCGAGCUCCGGAAAGAAGAGAGCUCGCCUGACGGGCCCUCUUUGCCCACCUCGCGUGGGUCCCUCCGCCACUAACAAACUCCCCACAUCUUUCUCUCUCUCUUUUUCUGCCCCCACAUCCUGGGGAAAGAAGAGGCGGAGGAAGAAGAGGCGGUGGAGAGAGAGGGGGGGCGGCGGCAGCCCGGCCUCAUCUCCAUGCCGAGAACGUGCGGUUUGUUUUCAUGCCUCGCCUUCCCCCCCCCAUCUCCCGCCCGCUCUCCCUCCCGCGCACCCCUGACUCCCGCCGCCUUCCUGCAGCCGGCUAGCCAUUACUGAGCCAAAGCAGGGCCAGUGCGCGCAGAGGGUUUUCUUGCGUGGUUUUUUAAAAAAAUUAUUAUUGUUGUUAUUUCCCCUGAAAGCCCUGGGGCUUCUGAUCAUGGAAAAGGCAUCUCUAGACGUUUCUGGCGGCGAUGGUGGUGGUGGUGGUGGUGCAGCCGCCGCUGGCGUCCCUCCUCUUUUUUUUUCCACCAGCAGCAGAUCACUAUUGUGUGGGAGGAGGGCAGGAGCGGCGGCGGCAGGGAUGGACUUGGUCUUUGGGAUUUCUUGCUAAAGGGAGCCGCGCAAACACCCAGCGCACCAGACCAGAAAGGGAGACAGAGGCGAGAGGAGCCGGCGCUGCUGGCGGCGUGGUGCGUGGCUGCUGCCUUUGCUUACUCGCCGCCGGAUGCCUCCUCGCAGCUUCUGCCUACAGAGCCGAAAGACUCGCCUUUGCUGAAAGAGAAAAGGGGGGCUCGCUUCCUUUCCUGCGCGGUCGCCUCCUCGCUCCUCACCUUUGCAGCCGGCUUGCUGCGGCAGAUGUGCUUGGGGUCACCGCACAGCUGGGACUAUGGUGAAAUUUCCGGCGCUCACUAACUACUGGCCCCUGAUCCGCUUCUUGGUCCCUUUGGGCAUCACCAACAUCGCCAUCAAUUUCGGGGAGCAGGCCUUGAAUAGAGGUAUCGCAGCUGUAAAGGAAGAUGCUGUGGAAAUGCUAGCCAGCUAUGGGUUGGCAUACUCUCUCAUGAAGUUUUUCACAGGUCCAAUGAGUGACUUCAAGAAUGUGGGGCUGGUGUUUGUUAACAGUAAAAGAGACAGAACCAAAGCAGUUUUGUGUAUGGUUGUGGCUGGUGCUAUAGCUGCUGUGUUUCAUACCUUGAUAGCAUACAGUGAUUUGGGGUACUACAUUAUUAACAAGUUGCAUCAUGUGGACGACUCAGUGGGAAGUAAAACACGCAAGGCCUUCCUUUAUCUCGCAGCGUUUCCUUUCAUGGAUGCCAUGGCUUGGACACAUGCAGGAAUUCUACUAAAACACAAAUACAGUUUUCUAGUAGGAUGUGCCUCCAUUUCAGAUGUCAUUGCUCAGGUUGUUUUUGUAGCCAUUUUGCUCCAUAGUCACUUGGAAUGCAGAGAACCUCUCCUCAUUCCCAUACUGUCUUUGUACAUGGGAGCACUUGUCCGAUGUACAACCUUGUGCCUGGGUUACUACAGAAACAUACACGACAUGAUUCCUGACCGUAGUGGGCCAGAGGUGGGGGGAGAAGCUACAAUACGAAAGAUGCUAAGUUUCUGGUGGCCAUUAGCAUUAAUUUUGGCCACCCAAAGGAUAAGUCGACCUAUUGUCAACCUCUUUGUGUCCCGAGAUCUGGGUGGCAGCUCAGCAGCUACGGAGGCUGUGGCGAUUCUGACAGCUACAUAUCCAGUGGGACACAUGCCAUAUGGCUGGUUGACAGAAAUUCGAGCUGUUUAUCCUGCUUUUGACAAGAAUAACCCCAGCAAUAAAAUGGUGAACACCAGCAGCACUGUCUCAUCAACACAUAUCAAAAAGUUCACUUUUGUCUGCAUGGCCUUGUCAUUAACGCUCUGUUUUGUGAUGUUUUGGACUCCUAAUGUGUCAGAGAAGAUUUUGGUUGACAUCAUUGGUGUCGAUUUCGCCUUUGCAGAACUGUGUGUCAUUCCUCUUCGUAUCUUCUCCUUCUUCCCAGUUCCAGUUACAGUAAGAGCUCAUCUGACAGGCUGGUUAAUGACAUUAAAAAAGACGUUUGUGCUGGCCCCUAGCUCUGUGCUGCGGAUCAUUGUUCUCAUCACCAGUCUAAUUGUGCUGCCUUAUUUGGGGGUUCAUGGAGCCACCCUGGGAGUCGGAUCACUUCUGGCGGGCUUCGUAGGAGAAUCAACCAUGGUUGCAAUAGCAGCUUGUUACGUGUAUCAGAAACAGAAAAAGAAGAGGAAUGACAAUGAGACUGCAACAGAAGGCGAAGACUCGGCAAUGACAGACAUGCCUCAAACAGAGGAGUUGACAGACAUCGUAGAAAUGAGAGAAGAGAAUGAAUAAGAAAUUGGAAUGGACUGUUCUCUGCAGGGACAACUGGAAGCAUAUUUCUUCUCCCAUCCUUUAUCAUUUGUUUUUUUUUUAAUAAUGAGGCCUUGAUUCCAAAGGUUUCAGAUAAUGGAUUCACCAGCAUACCAAGUAUGCAGGCAUGGAUGAGGGACCUAAAAGAACAGUCUGUACUUUUUUCCUCCCCCUUUUACUCGAGUUCUUCUCUUGCUUGAUGCAAAGAUGCGGCUGCUACAGAGUAGAGAGAGACUCUCUUCUUUGGACAGACUCCAUUUAUCAACCAAAAUCACUCUUUUUUCCAGAACUCUGCUGCCGUCCUUUCAUCUCCUCCAGUACUUUGCCCCCACCCACCCUGAUUCACACAAUUUCUUCUUUUUUAAAAAAUGAAAGAUUAAGAAUGCAACAGUUGAAAAAGCAAACAAACUUUAGCUCUGUUUGACUUGCUUGAAAAUGACUUCGCUCUAUUGACUUGUAUCAUGGUGGACUCUUGAGUUUUGCUUUCCCAUCGUUUAGUGUAAUAUAUUGUAUACUGCUACAAAAACAAGGUACAAAGAUAAAUAAAUAAAUAAAUGAUAGAUGGAAUAUAUUAAAUAGACCUUGAUAUAAACACAGAGCAAGACUCCUGUUUAGAGUUGAAUGAUUAUAUAUUAUCUAAGAUACAAAGGCUUCUUUCUGUUCUCUGGUCCAUCAACUGUGAACCAUUAUCUGUACUAUGCUAAUGUUGUAACUAUUUUCUAAAACAGUUGUGAACAUUUAAAUCAGAUGCUUUAUACAGAAUAGUUAAUGUCCAAUCUAAAAUCUUUCUUUGAGAGAUUUUUGUUCCCGUGUUCAGUGCUAUGCAGGAUACUGUGGUUGAGAUAUGGUACACAUGGCUAUUUCCAGGGUUGUUUCCUGGUAGGAAGAUGAAGGGUGGGGGGAGAGAAAAAAACUCAAUACUUAAACCAAAGUUCAACUCCAAUGCUUUUAAAAAAAAAAUAUGGCUGUUUGUAUGGUCUGUUCAAAAAUAUCCAUGCUAACUUGCACAGAGAAUACCACAGUAUAGCCUUUAAUAUAGUUCAUUCUGUACAGGGUGUUACUGCUUCCAAUUUCUGCCAGUACUGAAUGACAUAAGUAGGUCAGAGCUUGAAAGAUGGUUGUUUAAAAGCAAAUGUCUUGGGAUGUCAGGGAAGGAAGGGAGUCUCAAUCAAAUGAGUAGACUUUCGUUUGUCCUCAGUUAAGCUGGCCAGCCUCAGUAUCUCCAUACCCCCUGCACUGGAAGUGCUUAUGGACCAUCGUUGCCCACCAGCAAUUCACACCCAGGACUUCGAUCUUCACUGUUCUCCCAGCCAUAUACUUAACUGGGCUUAUCUUAGCCUCAGUUUGGAUCCUACUGUUGAUGUGGGAGAUGUACCUGCCUUUCCUUGAGAUCUCUCUGCGCUUCUACUUGUGUGCUGCAGGACUGUUUUGGAAACAACAGCACUGGGCAUGAAAGUGAAUAUUAAAGGGAGGGACAAAAUGGGAACCUCGGUGUCCAUGUAGGAGCUAAAUUUGACAUUUGAUCAUUUGACAUAACACCACCUUAACUUGAGAAGAAAUGUCUUAAAAUGAAAAGUGUCAGGGUUUCUUUAGCCAAACUCUAUUUUUCUAUCAGCUUUUGGACAGUUGAAAUAAUUGUAUUUAAUUUUGCACAAAGCCAUUUUCUAAAUUUUGGGUGCAGGUAGCUUUGAUUAGAUGAAAUCUAUAACAUUUACAAUCCUGUAUCAAUAUAUGUGUGUAUAUACAUAUGGAUGUGUAUAAAUAUAUAUAUUGUACAUUAUGUGUAAUUUAUUUUAGGCUGCAGUAUGUUUCUUAUUUUUCUAAAGCUCAGUUUAAAAAGAAUUUCUAGUAUAAAAUGUUUGCUUGUGUGCUGAAAUUUAACUAUAAAGAAGUGUCCUGUCUGAGUGAUCAUUACGUCUCUGCAAACUUAAUACUCAGCUCUGCACACUUGCAAAUGCAAUAAAAUGUGCUGAAUAUUUUCACGAGCAGUAAAGAUUGUGAAAAUCAGCUUAGGCUGGGAUCAGUAACUAAAGACCCAGGGCUAAAUCUGACCCUCUGGACUAACAGCAGGUUGCCAGCAUAAAGACAAUAGGGGGAGACCAUGGUCAUGGAAAAGAGGUUCUGUCAGCAAUACACUUAUAGGAGACAAAAGAAGGCCCUGUUGCUCAUGGUCCCUGAGUUACUGUGGCUGAACUCAACGGAGUUUUUGUUUAAUGGCAACAAAGAAGGAAAACACUAUAGCAGGUUCUUUCUCCUUAUUGAAGAAAUGUACUAGAUGAAAUCAAUACUGUGUCGUUUACAUCCUGUAUUCACAUACGUGUGGUCAUGUAUGUAUAGUAUAUCCUUGUUGGUAUGUGUGUUUACAAGUAUGCACACAUCAAAAAUGUGCAUUUUUAUGCACGGUGACAAUAUUGAUUUCUCUAGCAUUAUCAAAGUUACAUUUGCAUUUCUCCUGAAAUAAAGUGAGACAAGUA